AUGUCUAUUGUUCGAUGUUGGCUAGAACGACUAUUUAAGUGUUUCUACGAAUAUACCGAUUUCCAAAAUGUUUUUAAUCCAGAAAUGAUUAAUUUAUUAUUUGAUAACGACAAACCAGUUCCACUUCAAUUUCAUAUUCAAAAACCUUCUCUAGACGUUAACAAAUUUACUUAUAAAUUAGAAAAUGUUUUGAGAUUCGCUUUAAAUCAUUUAUCAAUUUCUGAUUCUCUUAGUGUUGAUUAUUUCGAGGAGAAUACUUCUGAGCAACAAAUAGAUAUUUUAUUCAAUAUUUUGACAAAUGAAGGCAAUAAAUUACCUCAAUUUUGUUUAAAAAGUUUAAGAAAUUUUGAGAUGUCACGGCUUUAUGAUCUUAUUUUUGAAUAUGUAACAACAUCCAAAGACUUGUCAAAAGUAGUGCCUGUUAUUAUGUUAGAAUAUAUGUCUGCCACAAAUUUUGAAGUGAACAAGAAGGCAGAAAAUGUUGAAAUUAAAGAAUUCAAUGGUGUUAAAUGUACAAAAUUCCAAAUCGUCAAUAAAUUUGAUCCAACAGUGAAAUUUUCAUUUUGCAAUGCAGAAUCGAAGAUUGGCUCGGCUUUUAAGUUUAAAAUGACAAUAAUGAAGAAAAGAAUGUAAAAUUUGAGAGGAGAAAUGGAGAAAAUUU